CAUAUCGUUCGACGUCUACGACCUCUAGGACGCCGGCCACCUCCUCCACGACCACACCCCACAAUGGCCACGCUGAGGUCUGUUUGUCGGGCGCCGCUCAGGCAGCUCAAUUGCCGUUCUUGUCUUUCAAUUGCCACAAAUCAUCCAAGAUUGCCGCAGCGACAAUGGCGGGGGUAUGCGUCUUCCUCUCUGGAGAACCAGCAAAAGCUACUCUCCGCAGACCUCGAAGAUGCCGACCCAGUUGCGUACCAGAUCAUCGAGAAGGAGAAGGAUCGGCAGAAACAUUUCAUAAAUCUCAUACCAUCCGAGAACUUUACCUCCAAAGCUGUGCUCGAUGCGCUCGGCAGCGUAAUGCAAAACAAGUACUCCGAAGGUUAUCCUGGAGCGAGAUACUACGGAGGCAACGAAUUCAUCGACGAGGCUGAGCGCCUGUGCCAACAGAGAGCUCUCCAGACUUUUGGUCUGAGCGAGUCAGAAUGGGGCGUCAAUGUUCAACCUCUCUCCGGCUCUCCAGCAAACCUGUAUGCUUAUUCCGCCCUUCUAAACACCCACGACCGAAUACUCAGUCUUGACCUUCCGCACGGCGGUCACUUGUCGCACGGCUACCAAACACCCACAAAGAAGAUCUCCGCCGUUUCCAAAUACUUCGAGACACUGCCAUACCGGCUAGACGAGAAGACAGGCCUCAUAGAUUACGUGAAGAUGGAGGAGCUGGCGAACCUCUACCGCCCGAAGAUCAUUGUUGCGGGAACAUCCGCGUAUAGCCGGCUGGUGGAGUACGAGCGCAUGCGGAAAAUUGCUGAGAGUGUAGGCGCCUACCUCCUCUCGGAUAUGGCACACAUUUCGGGAUUAGUCGCUGCUGGUGUCAUCCCUUCGCCGUUCCCGCACUCUGAUAUCGUCACGACCACGACCCACAAAUCGCUCAGAGGCCCGCGGGGUGCCAUGAUCUUUUACCGCAAAGGAGUAAGGAGAGUAGACAAGAAGGGUGUGGAGGAGAAGUACGACCUAGAAAACCCGAUCAAUGCUUCCGUAUUCCCAGGACACCAGGGCGGUCCGCAUAACCACACCAUCACUGCGUUGGCCGUGGCGCUUCAACAGGCACAGACCAAGGAGUUCAAGCACUAUCAGCAGAUCGUGCUCGACAACGCUAAAGCCCUGGCGGAGCGGUUAGGUAACUCAAAAGAGCACGGCGGUCUUGGAUACAACAUUGUCAGUGGCGGAACGGACAAUCACCUUGUGCUCGUGGACUUGAAGGACAAGGGCGUAGAUGGUGCGCGUGUCGAGCGUGUUCUCGAACUCGUCGGUGUGGCGAGCAACAAGAACACCGUACCAGGCGACAAGUCGGCCAUGAAGCCUGGCGGCCUGCGGAUGGGCACUCCUGCCAUGACCACGAGAGGCUUCCAACCAGAAGACUUCCGAAGGGUCGCCGACGUAGUACACCGAGCGGUCGGAAUCACUCAGAAGCUCGAUAAGGAUGCGAAGGCCAAGGCCGAGCAGACGGGCAGGAAGAAUCCGGGAAGCGUAGCGGCCUUUAAGGAGUAUGUGGGUGAGGGCGAGGAUAUCAUGGAUAUCAUACAGCUGAGGAAAGAGGUCGAAGACUGGGUAGGGACUUUUAGCCUUCCGUGGAUCAAGAACCAGUGACGGUAAUGGAAGCGAUUGCAGUCUGUGGAGGUCGGCAAGAA